AAAUGGAAGAAAAAGUAUUCCAUCAGUGAGGAAGUGCCAGUGGAUCACCUGGAGAGCAAGGAAGUGUGUUCCUAGAGUGACACACGGCCGGGGAUAAAAGGAGGGCCCGGCCAGAGGGGCCGAGCAUCGUGCAGAGGAGAGCCCUGCAGCCCCCCCAGCUCCAGCCCCGCUUGCGGAUCCCUGAGCCCCCGCAGCGCCAUGAAGGUCCCCGCAGCCGCCCUGGUCGCUCUCCUCCUCGUGGCCACCUGCUCCCCAUCCCAGGCCCAUCUCGACGGCGUCCCCACCACCUGCUGCUUCAGCUACCAGCAACGCCCCGUCCCGCGGAGCCUCAUCACCUCCGUCUACGUCACCAGCAGCAGCUGUGCCCAGCCGGGGGUGAUCCUGGUCACCAAGAAGAAGAAGAGGGAGCUGUGCGCGGACCCCCGGGUGCCCUGGGUGCAGGCGCAUCUGAAGCACUUCCAGACCCUGCAGAACUGACCCUUCCCCGCUGCCACCCGCCACGUCCCCGGUGCCACCCCCAGCGGCCUGGGCUUCCAGCCGCAGGCACGCCAGAGACUACUUGAACUGCAGCCUUCUGCAACGAGAGAACUUAUUCUAUUUAACUUAUUUCAGUGAAAGUAACUAUUUUUUGUUAAGAAAAGGGAAAAUACAAAAAUAAACUUACA